AUGCCUAGGACAGUCAAGAUGAGUGGGAGAAGCCGCAUGCCUUCUCUCCAGCUCCUGCCCAUGUUAGUGGGGUUUUCUCUCCUGUCUUUGGCAGAGACGUAUGGGUUCAAUAAGUGCACACAGUAUGAAUUUGAUAUUCACCAUGUGUUCUGUAUUCGGAAGAAGAUCAUCAACUUGACAGACGCCAUUAGUGAUGUGCCUGCAUAUACUACUCACCUCAACCUUACAAACAACCACAUUCAAGUCCUCCCUCCCUGGAGCUUCACUAACUUGUCUGCUCUGGUGGACUUGAGACUAGAGUGGAACUUAAUUUGGAAGAUCGAUGAAGGUGCCUUUAGGGGACUGGAAAAUUUGACUCUUCUAAAUUUAGUUGAAAAUAAGAUUCAAAGGGUGAAUAACUCCUUUGAGGGCCUGUCUAACCUUGAGACCUUGCUCCUGAGCCAUAAUCAGAUCACCUAUAUUCACAAAAAUGCCUUUAUUCCUCUAGUCAAAUUGAAAUACUUGAGCCUAUCUCGAAACAACAUCACGGAUCUUUCUGGUAUUCUUGAAGCAGUUCAGCAUCUUCCAUGUCUGAAGCACCUUGAUCUUACUAACAACAGCAUCAUCUCCUUGGACCACAGCCCUAUGUCUUUGGUUUCUCUGACCGAUCUGAGUUUUCAGGGGAACAAGCUAAUGGAGUUAAACUUCUCUGCUUUGUCAUUACCUAACCUGACCACUCUAAGUGCUUCCCAGAAUGGCCAUGGCGUCAUUCAGAAUGUGCAUCUGGAAACUCUGCCCCAACUUAGGAGCUUGAAUCUGAGUGGAACAUUGGUGAAAUUGGAGAUGCUUUCAGCCAAACACCUACAGACUGUAAGGGUUCUGGACCUUAGUAACCGGGAGCUUAGAAAUGGUCACUUAAAUAUGAAAACUGUUUGUCAACUACUCAGAAACCUACCCAUGUUAGAGACACUGGUUUUUCAGAAAAAUGUCACCAAUGCAGAGGGCAUUAAGCAUCUGGCAACAUGUACCAGGCUUUUGGUCCUUGACCUGGGCCAAAACAGUGACUUGGUUCAUCUCAAUGAUAGUGAGUUUCAUGAUCUGCCCAGUCUUCAAAGACUGAAUCUGAAAAAAUGCCAGCUUUCCUUCAUCAGCAACAAAACCUGGGGUUCCCUCCAGAACCUGACCAUCCUAGAUCUGAGCCAAAACAAGUUUAAAAGCUUUCCCAAUUAUGCAUUUUCGCCUCUCAAGUGCUUGAAGUCUCUCUUUCUUUCAAGAAACCCCAUCACAGAACUCAACAAUCUGGCCUUCGCUGGGCUAUUUUCCCUGAAGGAGCUCAACUUAGCUGCGUGCUGGAUAGUAACAAUUGAUAGGCAUUCCUUUACUCAGUUUCCAAAUUUAGAGAUCUUAGAUCUUGAAGACAACAAUAUCCGUACUCUCAACAGUAGAACUUUCCAACCUCUGAAAAAACUCCGGGUUUUGAUUCUCUCCCACAACCGCCUGGAAAUUAUGGAGCCGAACGCAUUUUCUGGUCUCAGUGGCCUCCAUCACCUUGACCUGAUGUACAACAGCUUGUCAUAUUUUCAGACACACGUUUUCUUGGGCCUUGAAAAGCUGCAGGUUUUGAAACUUGGUUUUAAUAAGAUCACAUAUGAAACUACGAAGACCCUCCAAUAUCCUCCAUUUAUGAUGCUCAAGUCUCUGAAACAGCUCAACCUAGAAGGACAAAAACAUGGGAUUCAGGUUGUUCCGAGCAACUUUUUCCAAGGGUUGAGUAAUUUGCAGGAGUUACUCCUAGGAAAAAACCCCUCAGUAUUCCUGGACCACUACCAAUUUGACCCUCUGAUAAAUCUCACAAAGUUGGAUAUCUCAGGAACAAAAGAUGGAGAUCGAAGUCUCUAUUUAAAUGCUUCCUUAUUCCAAAAACUCAAAAGGCUAAAGAUCCUCCGCCUUGAAAGUAACAACUUAGACUCUUUGGUUCCUGGUAUGUUCUCCAGCUUGCAGAGCCUCCAGGUGUUUUCUUUGAGAUUCAACAACUUGAAGGUCAUUAAUCAAAGUCAUCUGGAGAAUCUGAACUCAUUGAUGUAUUUUGAUGUCUAUGGGAACAAACUUCAGUGCACCUGUGACAAUUUGUGGUUCAAGAACUGGUCAACAACCACACAGGACGUCCACAUUCCCUUCCUCCGGAGCUACCCCUGUCAGCAGCUAGACAGCCAGAGCUUACUUGUAGAUUUUGAUGAUGCCAUGUGUAAUUUUGACUUAGGAAAGGUCUACUUCUUCUGUUCCUUCAGUAUGGUCCUCACCACCAUGGUCUUCUCUUGGUUCAGUGCCAAGAUGAUUUCAUCUCUGUGGUAUGGUUUGUACAUAUGUAGGGCCUGGUAUUUCACUAAGUGGCACAAAACGGAUAAUAAGUUCUUGUACGAUGCAUUUGUUUCUUUCUCAGCGACUGAUGAGGCAUGGGUAUAUGAAGAGCUUGUUCCAGCUUUAGAAGAAGGCAACCAGACCACUUUUAAGCUCUGUCUUCACCAACGGGACUUUGAACCCGGCAUCGACAUCUUCGAGAACAUCCAGAAUGCUAUUAACACAAGCCGGAAAACAUUGUGUGUGGUAAGUAACCACUACCUGCACAGUGAAUGGUGCCAACUUGAAGUCCAGCUGGCGAGCAUGAAGAUGUUCUACGAGCACAAGGAUGUCAUUAUCUUGAUCUUCCUUGAAGAGAUUCCUAACUAUAGGCUGUCUAGCUACCAUCGACUCAGGAAACUCAUAAACAAACAGACAUUUAUCACUUGGCCAGACAGUGCUCACCAGCAGCCACUCUUCUGGGCUCGCAUUAGAAAUGCAUUGGGCAAUGAGACUGUGAAGAAAGAAAAUCUAAUUAUUGUUGACUGAAAGUCUUACAAGCCCAGAUCCAGCUGCAUGAUGCUGUCCAAAAUAUGAGUAAGCGG